AUUUAACUGUAGAGCAAGCUUUCUUUAGAUCUUUUGACCAUAUAAUAAGACAACAACUCGAUCUAGUGUGGCAUCGUGUUGGGCAGAAAACAAAGGUUCUGAUCGGCGAUUUAACAAUGCUACGAAAGUUACUCACAUAUCUAGUGAGCUAUGAUUGCGUGACUUUCCAUAGUUUCUUGGAAACCAUACUUGCAAGUCAAACGCCAUCAUCUACGUUAAAUCAGGAACAACAAUCACCGUGGAUAUUUAUGGACUCUGGCAACACUAUAUUUUCUGUGGCUAAAAGAAAAGAUAAAGAAACCGACAAACUUUGGCAUCCACCGGGAAUUGUGCCAGUAUUGGAAGAAUUGCCGAAAUGGGGGUUGUUGGCUGAAAUAGUUAAUGAGAUAGAACUCGAAAUUGAAUC